AUGCGGCCACUGGUAUUUCCCCUACUAGUCGGGUGUCUGUCUGCAGGCAGUGUCAUCCCUCACGACAUCCCGCUGGAGACCGCCAUCGGCGCAGGCCCAGAGCCGUCGGCCGCCGCUCUGUCGGACCGGCUGCAGAGGAUGGACGAGCGUCUGAUCCAGCUGGCCGCCCGUCUGGAGUCGCUGACGCACACGGUGGACACACAGCUGGCACAGCUGGAUAACAGCGUGCUGCAGCUGUACAAGGAGCUGGGCAGCGGCCGGCUGACCGAGGCAGCCGCCGAGCUGCGCGGGCUGCUGCAGGAGGCCCGGGCGGCGCCCGCCGACCCGCAGCUGGUCAGCACACUCAGCCAGGAGAUCCGCCAGUCGGAGCAGCUGCUGCAGGCGCAGCUCAACGACACGCAGCAGCGGCUGGUGACGCUGCUGGAGGAGGGUCGGCCCGCCGCCGGCGCCGCCUCCCCGGCCACCACGACCGUGAUCGUGGAGCGGUGCAGCUUCCCGGACCAGUUCCAGCGGACGGACGGCUGGCGGCCGGCCGACUGCGCGGCCGUCCAGCAGCGCCACCAGCGCAGCGGCGUCUACACCAUCUACCCGCCUGUCUGCGGCAACGGCGGCGGCAUCCGCGUCUACUGCGACAUGGACACGGACGGCGGCGGCUGGACCGUGCUGCUGAGGCGCGCCGACCUCCCCGACCACCAGAACUUCGACCUCGGCUGGGAGAGCUACAAGUGGGGCUUCGGCAACCUCAGCGCCGAGUUCUGGUUGGGCAACGAGUACAUGAGCCUGCUGACCAGCAUGGAGGAGAUGCAGCUCCGUGUGGACCUCCAGGACUGGGAAAACGCCUCUGCCACCGCCAGUUACACGCCGUUCUCCAUCGGCACGGAACAACAAAAGUACCCCGUCAAAGUCGGAACCUACUCUGGCACUGCUGGAGACUCCUUCACUGGCAUCAACGGCUCAAAGUUCUCCACCAAAGACCAGGAUAACGACACUUGGAGCAAACACUGCGCGCAGUACUACAAGAACGCUGGCUGGCAUAAGGCCUACCGCGACUCUCCAAAUCGGGCUGUCUGGAACGAGGACGACGCUUCGGUGGUGUGCGCUCCACUGAGAGGCCGCUGCCCACCCGGAGGAACACAGUCGCUGGAGCCAUCGCGCCGACACCUAGCGGUGACCGGGCGAACUACUCGCGGCUCGAGGGGCCCGCGCUCGGCUCGCGUUCCCGAGGGUCGGGCGGAGGUGCGGCACCGGUCCCCGCGGCGCAGUCCGCGCGCCGGUCACUCCCACACUGACCGGCGCUGUCUGAGCGCUGCACUCGGCGCUCGGCUGAACAUCGAGCUACUACCGAGCCGCUGCAGCCCAGCUCCGCCCCGAGAGACCGCCGCCCAGCAGACUCCGCGUGAGGAGGAGGUGCCACCGUGCGAGCAGCCGCUGACGCUGGCGGAGAUCCGGCGCGCCGCCCAGACCUCGUCCAUCAGCCAGGCCAUCACCAGCGCCACCUGCCACCAGCAGCCGCUCGUGCAGACUGUGCAAACUGUGAGCGUGCACGAGCCGCCCACCGAAACCAUGGCGCUCGGAUACCAGAAGAAACUGCAGUGGAGCCAAGAGAGAGUGGACGGAGGGGGCCUGGCGGGACUGUGGAGGACCGCGGAAGACGGCAAACUGAGACAGCGAGAUGCCAAGUCGGCGGCCGAGCGGUGGUCGGCCGAGGCGAGCGGCCGGUCGGACGUGCGACGCGCCCCCUCCCUGCCGCCCAUCACGCCGCGCGCCAGUCCCGAGGAGGGUGACACCUCGGGCUACUACAGCGAGGCGCAGCCGGACCGCUGCUCAGUGGAGCCGCCACCGAGCCGGACGGCCUUGGCUGGGUCACUCAGCUCGGUUCGGUUCGAGCCGCAGAGAGCCGAGCUGGCUGAGACGGCGGGCCCGCCGCCCGCUCCGGCGGCGCCUCCGGAGCCGGUGGCCGAGCAUGGUCCGCCGCCGGCCGCCCCGCCGCCCACCCGCGACAUGCCCAUGACCUGGAGGCGGCAGCAGCACGCCCGUCAGGUGGCCCAACUGACCCGUGAAUCAGAGCUGCGACGGCGAGCCCAGACUGCCGACAGAAUGAAGUGGGGAGACCGGGGAGUGGGUAUCAGCCGACUCUGGGACCCGUGCGCCUCCACGGCCCACCUGCCGGACGUCUGUGGAGGUCGACAGUUCGAGGCACCGCGCUGGGUGGAGCGCGCGGCGGACGGCACCACUGUCGAGGUGGAUGACCGGUCACCGAGUGUGGCCGCCGGGUCGGGUCCCGCCUCGCCUGCCGCCACCGGGACACACCCGCUGUUCCGGCUGCCCGCCCAGAUGGCCAGACGCGCGACGGACUCCGGUCCGGUGAGGGCACGUCGGAUCGACACGGCGGCCCCGGCAGCCGGUCCCGGCGCCACUCCACCGGCCGAGGGUCUCACGGACGCCGAGCGGCGGCGUCAGGUGGCCCUGCAGCACCUCCGAGACAACCAGAAACAGACGGCCGAGAAGGAGCGUCGGCAGCGCGAGGAGCGGGAGCGUGCCGCGAGAGAGGAGGCCGCUCUCGACGAGCACAUCCGGCGUCAGAACGAGCGCGAGCGUCAAACCGCCGAGCGGCAGCGCCUGGUCACGGCUGAGCGGCGGGCGGCUGCCGAGCGACGACAGAUGCUGGUCACCGAGGCUAUCAGAAAGGCCGAGCAGGAGGCGGUCGCAGAGAAACGGCGGCGACUGCGCGGCGCCGCUGGUGAUUCGGCAGCGACCACCACGCGCAGGGAGGAGCCAACCGCUCCGGUAGCCAGCUCGACAGCAGAGCCGGCGACCGAGCAGACGGCCGGCGGAGGAGCAGGGGAUGGCAACGGCGGCACGGCAAACACCUCCCACAGGCUCACCUCCCGACCGAGCAACUCCAGCAGUGGAGAGAGCGAGUCGAGCCGGCCGAACGGUCCGAGCGGCCGGGCGCGGCUGAGUCCUCUGCAGAACCGGCGCCGCUCUGAGCCGGCGGCGACCGAGGACCGGCUCGGCUCCGGCCGCCAGCCGCUGCCCGGCCUGGGGCGGCUCUACAUAGAGGACCGGGUGCUCACACCCACCAAGUACCGGGGCGACAGAACUAGCUCUGGCUGUGAGUUCGGCACACAGACGGAGCCGGGUCGGCGCCAGAGGCCGGCCGAGCUGGUCCAACGGAGGGAUGUCACAGUGGGCACUGAGACGCCGCCGACACGACACGGUCGCCGCCGGGAGCGCUCCAAGGCGCGGGCCAGGCCGCUGAAGAUCGAGGACCGGCCGCGCUGGAACGCACCGCAGCCGGAGAAGGUGUACCUGAAGCAGACGGAGAAGGACCUGCUGGUGUCGCGCGGCGGCGCCCGUCGGCGGAGGGAGAGGCAGCUGAGGAACGAGGACGAAUCGUGCUCGGACACAGACACGGGGCCACCGGACUGGUCGGCCGAGCACCGUGCCAGCCGCGACAAACGGACUGAUACAAACAGGUCCGGCGUGUCUGAGUGGCGAAACUCUCGUACCGUCCCCCGCUACCGCAGCCACUCGCCGCUCAAGGCCCGAGUCGCCGCCUACUACGCCGCAUCCUCCGACGGCAAGUUCUCCUCAUCUUCGUCGUCACGAGCGGCAGCGCGCGCUCUCGGCUCCUCCGUACCUCUGAUCACGGCUAGCGAAGUGCUGUUCCUUCCCGAGUACGGUAACGUGGCCCUGGUGCCGCUCAGCCAGCCGCACCUGGCCUAUCUGAGCCACGCGCACAGUCUGCCACUGCUCGCCGCCGCCGGCGACAUCCCAGUCUACCCGCCCGUCUCCACAGAGAAGGCCCUGCGAGACAUCGGCUCUCGCGUAGUGAGCGCUGUGGGCCGGGAGGCUGCGCAAUCACCGGGUUCUACUGAGGACGCGCCGGAUGGCGGCGCGGACGGCGACACUGAGCGGGCGGGUGGACCGCCGGCGCGGCGACGCUCCCGGAGGGACAAUGGGACAGAUAAGGAGGACGAGGAGCCACCUCAUUUGUACAAUGAGUCGGCCGGCGCACCACCGCCGGUGCAUAAGGCCCAAGACCGCGAGGACCGGGAGGAAGAGGGAGAGGAUGAGGAGGAGGAGGCGAUAGACCGGGAGGACACGGGCUCGGAGCAUUCGUCCGGGUCCCAGGAGCGGUCGGAGGCGGCUGAUACGGCGGACGGCGCCAGCAGAGAUGUCCGCGACGGUCGACUGGCGGAGGCCGAGUGACUCCGGAGGGCUGCGCUUGUGGCUGUUUCAGAUUCCGAUCGCUCGGAGGCCUCCCAAUCGGGAUUGCUGCGCAGCGGCCGCCAGUGGCAGCAGGAUAGGGAGCCGGAGUCGGAGCCCUGCUGAUCAGCAGGACGUGCUGAACAGCAGGACGUGCUGAACAGCAGAAUCUGCUGACCAGCAGUAUACACUGAGCAGCAGACAGAGCGGGGUACUGCUGUCGAAAGUCGCGCGCCACUCCCGGCUCGCGGAGUGCGAGCUGAGCGAGUCAGUAGCGCGGCCGAGAAGCCGCCAGCGCCGGCCGACCCUAUGGUCUAUCAUAGGACACGGCGCUGGGCGGCGGCGGGUCACAGGGGACGGACGGGUACACUGCUACAGUCAGGGGACGGACGAUACGCGGCGGACCUCGCAGACUUCUCCGGUCCCAAACUGCCUAACUAGGACGGUGGGAUGACCGACAGGGCCAGUUUGUACUUUUGCAGCGCCCGUUAUCGGGACCGGGACACACUGAGUUGCGGAGCCCAGUCCGCUGAUGGGCGCUAAGUGCAAUAUCUCCAGUGUUAGUGCAAUUCAAUGUUCGUGCAAUCCAGUGCGCUGUGCUAGGUGUGGGCUGGGAUUCAGGUAUAACAUGGGAUCAGUUGUGGUGCACAAUGAUAUGAUGCAAUAUACGAGUAUGUGAAGAA